ACGGUCAGUAGGUAGGACUCGCGCGCUCAGCUAUACGGCCUCCGUGGUGCGCUACGCGAUGUCCCGCGCUUUUUAGUCUGUGCUGCUACGGCGGGAAAAUAUUGCGAAGUGGAAACUUGCUGAUUUUCAUCGCUUGCGAUGUGCGAAUGGUUGUCGAGCGUGGAGUGGUGCGAUGUGCGGCUCUCCUGUGGCGGUCGAACCUUCAACGCACAUAAAGCCGUGUUGGCCAGCGUCAGCCACUUCCUUCGGAGAGUUCUACUGUCUUGCCCACAAGAAGAAACGCCGACGUUCAUAGUCUUGCCUGAAUUCGAUCUCGACGCACUGUCUUCAGUACUGUAUUAUGUUUAUAACGGGGAAGUCAUCGUCAAAAAACAAAAUCUACUUAAGUUCCUUGAUGUCAUUAAAGCACUAGAAAUUUUUAUUGACCAACAAUACUUACAAAAGAUUCGCGAUAGCGUUGGAGACCUAGAACUGGGUCUUUGUACGUAUCGUAAAAGUAAAUGGUCAAAAAGAGUGUUUAACCUAACUGUUGGAAAUAGUAAUGAACUCGAAUAUGUUAAUAUAAGGAAAGGAGAGCAGCUACAGGACAUAUGGUUACGAUAUUCGCAAACAGAUUCAGAUCUCGGCGAUAAGCGAGAACGGCUUAGUUGGAGUGAUGUUCAGCCUUCUUUAGACAACCCACCAGAGUCAUACCGAGACCGACAAAGGAACUCUUUCCUACGUGAUUUAUAUAUCGAGACAUAUCCUCAGAACGGUAAUGUUAACGGUCUGACGGGCGGCGUGCUAGCAAUACCAAAUGAACGCUAUCGUGCACCGACAUCUGUUCUCCUGACGAAUGCAAAUGGCAAGCUUCCCAGCAGAACUGACGACACGCUCUCAGAGAUAUCUAGGAAAACAACUGAAUACACAUCCUAUAAAUCCAACGCCACUCGCACUCCACAACUUUGCAUACAAGAUUGCGCUCGACUGUACAGCGAUGCCUGUUCAAAAAUGCACCAUAAUAUGGGUUUAUUUCAAAGUACAGACUUGAUAAAUAAUAAGAGACUUAUAGAUAAUAGCUACAAUUUGAGUGCACAUUUAAAGAAUCCUUGGUUAAGUUGUUAUCCUUCUCAAUUAAGUGCACAAAAAGUGCAAACAGGAAUUCCGAAUAAUCUGUCUAUGCCUAAAAUGAUCAUGCCUUCCUUAGAUCUCAGUCAAAAUAGAUCGCUUCUGGAUUCUAAAUUAACUGCACAUGCACAGCCAUUGACACCAGAAACACUGUAUAGUAGAAGUCCGAGUAAAUUAUCAUGUAAAUAUCCCAUAGCUAAAGACAGUACCGUCGGAAGUAAGUCAUUAAAGGAACCAAUUUUUAAUCAAGUGCUAGAUAGUCCGUGGUGUCCACGAUUACCAUACAAUUACAAACCAUUCCGAAGAAAACUCAACAAUGAAACGGAAUCCGAGAUACUAAAAAAGAAGGAGAAUGAGGAGGCCAUUGUAAACGAUAGUAACAAUAAUAUUGAAGAAUCUUUAAUACCAAGUACAUGUAACAAGUUGGAAAAUGUUACUGCCGUUACCAGAGAAGAGUUCAAAUGUAACUUGUGUAGCCAGGUAUUCACAACUUCCGAAUCGUUGGAAGUCCACACGAAGCGUCACACGGUGGUUGCGCGGUACUCGUGCGCAGAGUGCGGCAAAACGUUCUCUCAGCUGCGCAACUUCAAAUACCACAUGUCUGUCCACCGCGGUACCAGGGAGUUCGCAGCAACCUGCACUGUGUGUGGGAAGUACUUCAAUGAUAGAGGCUAUCUGAGCAGCCACAUGAAGAUACAUAGAAAUCGCAAGGAAUACAAGUGCUCGCAGUGCCCGAAGUCGUUCAACCAGCGCGUCGCAUACAAUAUGCACGUCAGGAUCCACACAGGUGUAAAACCCCACGUUUGCGAAGAGUGUGGAAAGGCGUUCUCCCGCAAAAUGCUUUUGAAGCAGCACCAGAGGACCCAUUCCGGAGAGAGGCCGUACGCUUGCCCGCACUGCGAUAAGCGCUUCGCUGACAGAUCAAAUAUGACCUUGCAUCUUCGGCUGCACACUGGUAUCAAACCAUUCUCCUGCACGCUGUGUCCAAAAUCAUUCACUAAGAAACAUCACCUAAAAUCGCACCUGAACUUCCACACGGGCGCCAAGCCUUACUCGUGCCCGCGCUGCCGCCUCGCCUUCACGCAGUCCUCAAACAUGAGAACACACCUCAAGAAAUGUAGCGCGCCUGAAGACAGUGCUGCGUCCACCUAACGACAAAGAGUCGGCCAUUUUGAAAAUAUUGGCACAGAUUAUUUAUUUUUAUUGAUACUGUAAAAAAAUAAUAAAAUUAAAAUUAAAUUAAAAUGCUGGGGAAUGAGGGGAAAAACAA